CUGACUAGUCGUCAGCUGCUGCUUGAUCGAAGCAUAUUUACCGAAAGUCAUUGAAUAAAUAUUUAUGUCAAAACACUUGUUAAAAAUUUUAAUCGGUGCGGACGCGCCUUAAGGCACGGCCGAUAAGAGCAUUUUUUAACGAGAUUAAUAGUCAGUGUUUCGUCACUAUCAUCAGUCGUUAGUCAACAUGGUGAGCCACAUGCAGAGACUGUUGUUGAGAGCCGGCCGUUUGUGUUGUGUAAAUUCCACGAGGAAGAUUUCCGCCUCCGCUACGCUCCGAGCGAGACUCGCUUUCGAUUGGGAGGAUCCGUUCAAUCUAGAGUCGCAACUGACACAGGACGAAAUCUUGAUGAGGGAUCAGUUUCGUUCCUACUGCCAGGAGCAGCUUCUGCCGAACGUGAUCGAGGCGAACCGAAAGGAAUACUUCGACCGAGAGAUCGUAAAGCAGAUGGGACAGCUCGGGGUGUUGGGCUGCACCAUGAAGGGCUAUGGCGGCGCCGGGGUAUCCUCAGUGGCUUACGGGCUCCUCGCCAGGGAAAUUGAGAAAGUCGACAGCGGGUAUCGAUCAGCGUUCUCGGUGCAAUCUUCUCUCUCGAUCGGUGCGAUCUACAUGUUCGGCAGCGAUGCUCAAAAAGAGCGAUUUCUGCCUAAAAUGGUUUCCGGGGAAAAGAUCGGUUGUUUUGGCUUGACGGAGCCCAAUCAUGGUAGCGACGCAGGAGCCAUGGAGACUAGAGCCAUUUACGAUUCCGAUAAAAAGGUCUACAAAUUGAACGGUAGCAAAACAUGGAUCACAAACUCGCCUGUCGCCGACGUGUUGAUAGUAUGGGCGAAAUGUGAUGACGGUCAGAUCCGUGGGUUCGUCAUCGAGAGAGAAGCUGCGGGAGAUCGGUUGUCUACCCCAAAGAUUGAGGGGAAGUUUUCUCUAAGAACGUCCAUCACCGGCAUGAUUCUAAUGGACAACGUAAUCGUGCCAGAGGAAAAUUUAUUGAACGUUCAGGGACUCAAAGGACCAUUCAGUUGCUUAAAUAAUGCGCGAUAUGGCAUCGCCUGGGGUGCUUUGGGCGCAGCGGAAGCUUGCCUGAAGGUCGCUAGAUCUUACACCUUGGAGAGGAAACAAUUUAAGAGACCGCUGGCAGCGAAUCAGCUUGUGCAGAAAAAACUGGCGGACAUGAUGUGCGACGUCGCGAUCGGUCUUCAAGCUUGCUUGCGAGUCGGUAGAUUGAAGGACGAGAAUAGAGCUGCGCCGGAAAUGAUUUCCAUCAUUAAGAGAAACUCAGCCGUCAAAGCGCUGGAGAUCGCGCGAGCCGCGCGAGAUAUGCUAGGCGGAAAUGGGAUCUCGGACGAGUACCAUGUGGUUAGGCACAUGAUGAACCUGGAAACGGUUAACACUUACGAAGGUACAAGCGAUAUUCACGCUUUGAUUCUCGGGAAGGCGAUCACUGGUAUUGCUGCGUUCUCAGGAUAAGCGACUCAAGUAUCCGAAUGAUAAGACUGCCUUUGUACGUUACGAGUCAUCGAUUUGCAUAUUUACAAGCGUUUGAUACUCAAUUGUAUCUCAAUUUUUUUUUGUCUGUACGAUCAUUUUAACCUUUAAGUGGAUAUUUGGGAACACAGCUCUCCAAAAAGAUAAGUUUUCUUAACUUUCUGAAGACGACAUUGUCAGCAAAAAAUAAUUUUUUUAC